AUGAUGGUUCUCAGGCGAUCUGCUCGCCUGAGCGCAACGCCCGGCAAAGCCGCAUCGCCCCUAUUGCAAGCCAGCACGCAGACAAACAAAGCCAGCAGGGCUCCGCUCAGCAGCAAAGGAGUGACCAAGCCGCGAAAAGCACCAGAAAAGAACAAGGGUAUCUUGAACUCGAAAGUGAAGAAGUCACUCGCACAUCCCCUCCCGCCCAAGACGACAGCAGUAGGGGCCGACACUUCGGACGGACAUGAAGCAGCGCCCCAGAACAUCUUCGAUCCAUCCUCCACCACGACUGGCUCGACCGGCCGGUCACUGCAUUCUACCCCUCCGCCCCUCGACCGACCCGUCGAGCUUCACGGGACGAACGCCCCCCUCCUCACGCCCCAUGGCUCUUCCGUGGUCGCGUACCCGCGCACCGAGGACGCCUCUCCCAGCAAGACCGGGCGACCUCGCCCAACAGCCACAACAGGCACGCUUUUGGAACAAGCCGUCGCACACCUGAUCGCCACAGAUCCGCGACUCGAGCCCGUCAUCAAACAGCACCCGUGUCCCCUCUUCUCCCCCGAGGGACUCGCCGAGCCGAUCGAUCCAUUCCGCAGCCUGGUCGUCAGCAUCAUCGGACAGCAGGUAUCAGGCGCAGCGGCCAAGUCGAUCCGCGACAAAUUCGUGGCCUUGUUCAAUGCCACAAGCGAAGGUCAAGCAGGCGAUCCCGUGAACGUCCCGGGGAAUAGUAAUCGAUUCCCCACCCCCGAGGAGAUCAUCCGGUUUGAUAUCCCCACGCUGCGGACGGCUGGUCUCUCCCAGCGGAAAGCCGAGUAUAUCCAGGGUCUGUCGCAGAAGUUUGUAGAUGGGGACCUGAGUGCCCGGAUGCUACUGAAUGCUAGUGAUGAGGAGCUGCUUCGGAAACUGAUCGCCGUGCGAGGUCUGGGUCAAUGGUCUGUCGAGAUGUUCGCUUGCUUCGCGUUGAAGCGUAUAGAUGUUUUCUCGACUGGUGAUCUGGGUGUGCAAAGAGGCUGCGCCGCCUUCGUGGGCAAAGAUGUGAAUAAACUCAAGGCAAAAGGAGGCGGUAAGUUCAAGUACAUGGCCGAAAAAGACAUGCUAGAAUUGGCGGCGAAAUUCGCCCCAUACAGGUACGUGCAAACCCCCUCUUCCCGGUCCACGGCGAAGGCAAAAGAGCCCACCAGUCUCACAUGGACACGUAGGAGCCUUUUCAUGUGGUACAUGUGGCGGAUAGAGAACGUAGACAUUGCUGUAUUGAAUCCAUGA